GAGGUGGUUGUUUUUGCGGGUUAGCAGGCCAUACGCCAGCGCACCCCGGAGCGGCUAAGAGCCGAGUCGGGAGUGGAAGAGGAGGAGGAGUGGAGGGGGAGGAGGGGCGCGAGGUAAAAGGUGCUUUGAGAGGGAGGAAAAGCCAGAAGCCUGAGGCGCCAGAGAUCCAGGGACUAAGAGGUUUGGGUGUUUGCUCAGCCUCCCCUGGUGGCUCCCAGGUUACACAUUAACCCACGUGAGGUAUCCUGAGUCAACCAAGGCCCAAUCGGUUUCUAGGUGAGAGCACGAGUGUCCCGGAUGAGCGGCUUUCCCCCUCUGCACUCCCCUUUGCUCACAGGGCAGCUUUGUCUACUAGCCAACACCGGCCUAAGCCUGCGAGGAGCCCUCCUGAGGCCCUUCUAGUGGUCAUCCCACAUAGGCAGAUUUGGGCACUCUUUCGAAGGGUGGGGUGGGAGCAAAGAUAAACACCUCAUUCCUCACAUUCCUCACCCACUCGGAAACAGGGACGCUAUCCCUUAGCUAAUCACCACCCCCUUGCUCCUUAACUGAGCUUUUGUGGACUCGUGCAGAGCAGAAGGUACCAGGGAGACACCUGGAAUUAAAUUCACUUCUUGUCAAGACCCUAAACACUCGUACUAACUAGCCCCCUACCUCUGGGCAGAAGCCUGAACCCUUAUCGGCCAAACGGCUGCCGUUCCUCCUCUCCCUCUUUCAGAUAGUGAUCUACUUUCCUCCCAUCUUCCUCUAAGGAGGUUCUCCCUAGUUGAGCUUAGAAGGGAAAUUACCCCGCGGUGGGUUGUGUGUGUUCAGCUGGGGGUUGCGUGUGCUGACGAGCGCGGUGUUCACUAGUCGGGACAGUCUGGAGACCGUAUCAUAUCCUCCCUAGGUGAUUCAACUUGCGCAGGUCGGGGUUUUCCCUGUUGCGCCCUAGGCAAAUACGAAACUAACCCUGCUCCCUACCCCACAGAGUGAGGAUGCUGAAGCUCCAAGUUCAGUCUGCAUCCCAGUGAGAAUCUGCUCUCUCUUUCUGAAACAGCGUCAAUAGUGGCCAAAACGGGGGUCAGAAAAAGGAUGUCCCUGCUUCCCACCCUCACUCGGCCUGCGCAGGGCACCCCUCCAGUCUAAUGAAGCUUUGCGAGGGCCGGAUGCGGCCACAGGUGUGAGAAGUGGCUGAUUACGUGCAGGCCAUUGAGAAGCGCGCCAAGAAAUGGCAUGUCGUCCCAUUUCUUCCUUGGACCCUGGAAAAGCGACCCUUCGGACCAGGAUUGUACACCUGUGUCUGCGCAAGGCGGACCAGAAGCUGGUGAUCAUCAAGCAGAUCCCGGUGGAGCAGAUGACCAAGGAAGAGCGGCAGGCAGCGCAGAAUGAGUGCCAGGUCCUCAAGCUGCUCAACCACCCCAAUGUCAUUGAGUACUACGAGAACUUCCUGGAGGACAAAGCUCUCAUGAUCGCCAUGGAAUACGCACCAGGCGGCACCCUGGCUGAGUUCAUCCAAAAGCGCUGUAACUCCUUGCUGGAGGAGGAGACCAUCCUGCACUUCUUUGUUCAGAUCCUGCUCGCGCUGCAUCAUGUGCACACCCACCUCAUCCUGCACCGGGACCUCAAGACCCAAAACAUCCUUCUCGACAAACACCGCAUGGUCGUUAAAAUUGGCGACUUUGGAAUCUCCAAGAUCCUUAGCAGCAAGAGCAAGGCCUACACGGUGGUGGGUACUCCGUGCUACAUCUCCCCCGAACUGUGUGAGGGCAAGCCCUACAACCAGAAGAGUGACAUCUGGGCUCUGGGCUGCGUCCUCUAUGAGCUGGCCAGCCUCAAGAGGGCCUUCGAGGCCGCGAACCUGCCAGCACUGGUGCUAAAGAUUAUGAGUGGCACCUUUGCGCCCAUCUCUGACCGGUAUAGCCCUGAGCUGCGCCAGCUGGUCCUGAGUCUGCUCAGCUUGGAGCCGGCACAGCGGCCACCGCUCAGCCACAUCAUGGCGCAGCCCCUCUGCAUCCGUGCCCUCCUCAACCUGCACACCGACGUGGGCAGCGUCCGCAUGCGGAGGGCAGAGAAGUCCCUGGCCACCGGGCCACCCAUGGCCCCUGGCAGCACUGGCGUCAGGACUACCAGCGCCCGCUGCAGGGGUGUCCCCCGGGGACCUGUGCGGCCAGCCAUUCCACCACCGUUGUCAUCGGUGUACACGUGGGGUGGUGGGCUUAGCACUCCACUGCGGCUGCCAAUGCUUAACACAGAGGUGGUCCAGGUGGCCGCUGGACGCACACAGAAGGCCGGUGUCACACGCUCUGGGCGCCUCAUCCUGUGGGAGGCCCCACCCCUUGGUGCUGGAGGGGGUGCUCUCCUUCCGGGGGCAGUGGAACAGCAGCAGCCCCAGUUUGUUUCACGGUUCCUGGAGGGCCAGUCAGGCGUGACCAUAAAGCAGGUGGCCUGCGGGGACCUCUUCACAGCCUGCCUGACUGAUCGGGGUAUCAUCAUGACCUUUGGCAGUGGCAGCAAUGGGUGCCUCGGCCAUGGCAGCCUCAAUGACAUCAGCCAGCCUACGAUUGUGGAGGCCCUGCUGGGCUAUGAGAUGCUGCAGGUGGCCUGCGGGGCCUCUCACGUGCUGGCCCUGUCCACUGAGCGGGAACUAUUUGCUUGGGGCCGCGGAGAUGGUGGCCGGCUGGGACUAGGCACCAGGGAGUCCCAUAGCUGCCCUCAGCAGGUGCCCAUGCCCCCAGGACAGGAAGCCCAGCGGGUGGUAUGUGGCAUUGACUCGUCCAUGAUCCUCACUGUGCCUGGCCAAGCCCUGGCCUGUGGGAGCAACAGGUUCAACAAGUUGGGCCUGGACCAGCUCUCCCCUGGGGAGGAGCCUGCUCCCCACCAGCAAGUGGAGGAGGCUCUGAGUUUCACACCGCUAGGUUCUGCACCCCUGGACCAGGAGUCCCUGCUGAGUGUGGACCUGGGCACUGCUCAUUCAGCUGCUGUGACUGCCUCUGGUGACUGCUACACUUUUGGCAGCAAUCAGCACGGGCAGUUGGGUACCAGUGCUCGCCGGGUCAGCCGGGCCCCUUGUCAAGUCCAAGGCCUCCAGGGCGUCAAGAUAGUGAUGGUGGCCUGUGGGGAUGCCUUCACUGUGGCCAUUGGGACAGAAGGUGAAGUGUACUCUUGGGGCAAAGGGGCCCGAGGUCGACUGGGAAGGAGGGAUGAGGAUGCUGGACUCCCUCGGCCAGUGCAGCUGGAUGAAACACACCCCUACACAGUGACAUCUGUGUCCUGUUGCCAUGGAAACACUCUCCUGGCUGUUCGCCCCAUCACAGAUGAGCCAGUCCCCCCAUGAGGCACCUGGAUACACCUGUGGAGCCCUUGAUAUUGCUAUUCCUCUGAAUGUUCUUCAAAAGUACAGGUGCCUGAGGCGUGACUGUCCCCAUCCACCAGCUCCCUGGAUUGUAUCCAAUGGGGUAUAAGAACCGGUGAAGCCCUUGCACCCCUGGAUUGUGUCCAAUGAGGUAUAAGAACCAGUGAAGCCCUGGAUAUGUAAAACUCAACUCACCCUAUUCCCCAGCACCUCUCUUUUUUCUUCCCACCCCUUCUUAAAUCAUUGUCCCCAGGGUUCAGCCUAGCUAGAACUGGAAACCAGACCUAAUCUUUGGAAGCUGGGUGGUCUUCAGAGCCUUGGCAGAAAAAAGCUGGAGGUGGCUUUGGCUUCAUCUAGACCCUGCCCCUUCCCCUAGCCUGGUUACAAAAUGUGCUCCUGGUGUCCACUGGGAGAGCAGCUCAGUACUUUGGAGCAGGGCAAGCCAGGGCCUGCCUGGACUGGCCAUUCCAGCGGCCCAGCCUCCGCAUUGCCUGGGGCAGGGAGGUCAGAGCCCAGCCACCACCCCCACUCCUAUAUCCUGAGGCAGGGAUUUGUACAACUUCUGAGUGUCUCCCUCCUGCAGGAGGGAGUGUAUCACCCAGCCCGCAAUAUAAUGCAAAGGGAAUCCCUGCAGAAGGUUGUCCCUCACCCCGGGCCAUUCCCCCAAAACAGGUUGGGGGAAAGGGGAGCUGGUUCUACCAGAUCAGUUCCCAGAUGACUGGGAAGUAGCGCCAAUAAAAAUAUCAGCU